AUGUCUACAACAGAAUUUGAGACUUUUGCGGGUGCUCGUCGAGUUUCCUCAGCUUCUGCUCUCAGCAGUUUCUCAAGUUCUCGUAGAAGCUCAGUGACUUCUUUAUCUGAUCCUGAUCAAGAUCAUCAAGACGCGAAUAAGCCGGCGUUUCAAGAGUGCAUUGAGAUUAUCGAUCUAGUGUGGAAGAAGUCAUUACCAACAAAGCCGAUGCAAGAGAGAAGAAAUGGUGGAAAGAUAGAAAUUACAAAAUUAUUGAUGAAGAAAG